AUGCCGCUGCGGCUGAACCACAACGCCUACGAGGUGGCAUGGAUCUGCCCCAUGGAAGUUGAGCAGAUCGCAGCCAUGGAGAUGUUAAACGAAGAACACGAGCGUCUACCACAACCACUAGGCAAUACCAAUACGUACUGCCUCAAUAUUCCACUAUGCCCGCAAAAAUUUAGCAACUAA